AUGUCGAAUCGGUUAGUCAUCCCAGAAUUCUACCAUCAACGGAUUCUGAAGCAACUUCAUCGAGAUCAUCCGGGAAUGGAACGGAUGAAAGCUCUAGCCCGAAGUCAUGUUUACUGGCCGGAAAUCGAUGACGACAUUUCAACGUUUGUGAUGAAAUGUGAAAUGUGUGCUGUUCAUGCCAAAUCCCCACCGAAGACUCCUCCUCAACCGUGGCCAGCAACACAUUCUCCUUGGGAACGCAUCCACAUAGACUUUGCCGGUCCAUUCAAAGGUCUCAACUUCCUGGUUGUCGUGGAUGCUCAUUCAAGAUGGCCCGAGAUCUGCACAAUUGUUCGAUCGUUUUGGGAUUCCAUCAACGAUUGUUUCCGACAAUGGCACCCAAUUCAUUUCGAAACAAUUCGAAAACUCUGCGGGAGGAACGGUAUUCAACAUUUGCGGAUUUCGCCUUAUCAUCCACAAUCAAACGGUCAGUCUGAAAGAUUCGUGGAUUCCCUCAAGAGGUCUUUGUUGAUAAUCAACGACUGGCAAAACAUCCACGAAUCCCUUCAAACGUUCCUGCAAGUUUACCGAUCAACUCCAAGCCGUGUCCUGAAUGGUUCCACUCCAGCUGAGCUCAUGAUUGGCAGAAAAAUCAGAUCUAUUCUGAAUCUUCUGGAGGUCAUGACCGAGACAUCCGACAGCAAAUCAGGGACCACGACCACAUAUACUAACAACUGGAAGUGGGUUCCUGGAAAGAUUCUUGAAGUGAUUGGCAAAGUUAACUUCAACAUCCUAUUGGAAGAGCAUCAUGGCAGACGGAAGCUGAUACGUUCACACGUCGACCAGGUCAACCUUCGGUAUCCAGGUGAUGCAAGUACUUUGGAGAGGCAGUCUACACCAUUGAACAUAUUGGUCGAUAUGUUUGGAAUUCAAGCCCGGUCAAGCCAACCAUCUUGUACAUUAAAUGUUCCAGAACCUGAAGAAGAUGAUCCACAACCACCAGCCGGAGAAUCGAUGUCGAUGUUAGCAUGGAAGACUAAAACGAUUCUUCUGUUUCCCUCGAAGAUGAACCAACACCUAGACGUCCCCAGAGGACAUCAGGCUGCCUGA